AUGUCGGCCACCAACCAGCCGCUCUACCGCCGCCCUUCGUGGGCCCGCAAGUCAGCCUCAUACAAGCACUACAUGCGCACGGACCUUGCCGCCGACCGCUCUCCGGGAGCAGAUCACGGCUUAGGCAGCUUCUCCUACGACGAGGCCCAUGUCUCCAAGUGGCAGUGCCCACCCGACCUCGCUGCCCGCCUGCCGCCUCCAAUCCAGAGCCAAGUCGAGGAGUGGGCGUGUGCCGGAGCUGCCAUCUGCACCGCGCUCGAGCGUAUCAAGAAGCUCGACGACAUGGCCAUCCAUCGCGCCUACCCCGAGAAGUCCAUCGGCCAUCUCUCUCGCCAGUCUCCCGCUGCUGCUAGCGCCGAGACCCCGCCGAUGAGCUCGCCCAUUUCGCCGGCUCCCAGCAUGCCGCAAUCGGUGCUCCCACUCGACAAGCUGAACUUCGAGAGUCUGCCACAUCGUGCCAUUGGGAUGGAGUCACCACCCUUCACCCCAAUCGACACCCAAGGCUGCCCAACGCCCAACAUCUCAGAUCAGGACAGGGGCAUGCCGGACGCCACCCAACUCACCCGUCAGCUGUCGCCCAUCUCGAUGAUCAGCCGCGGGUCCACCUCUUUCUCCUCUGACCACACCACGUCCUCAUCCAACUUUGACGAGAACGCCUGGGAGACCUACCUUGGAUUCUACAACGCGGAGCUCCAUGACAUCCAGAAGAUCGCCUUGAGCCGCUUCAAGGGCGCCGGCUACAGCAUCGACCGCAGCCGUGUCGAGCUGGGCCAGUGCCAGGAGCAGCAGGCCCUGUUCGAGGACUUCAGCAAGUGGUGGGCGGAGAUGAAGCCACAGGUUGCCGAGUACGACAAGAAAGUCGGAGAGCUCGAGGCGCCGUCGUCGGAGUACGUGCGCAUGGAGCGCCAGGCCCAGGGAUUGCCGAUCUGA